AUGCAGAUACAAGACGAGGGAUGCUGCCCAGAGCUUGUUCAUUCUGCAAUGGCGGCGUUUGACCAGAAUAGCGCCUCAUCCAUCUCGGCCCUGAGCAGCGAGCCCGAAAUCGUUGAAAGCUACGAAGAACAAGUACCAACCGCCAGCCAUGCCCUUGCCGAAGAAAGCAUCCAAGCUGAUGCCGAAAACAAGGGCGCCAGCCAGACCGAGCACGAUGAGAUCGAGGUGAAGAAUAUAGGAUGGAACAAGGAGCCGCAUCAUGUUCCGCAGCCGGUGGUUGGCGGCAUGAGGAACGAAGAGCUGUGGGUGUUGAUACGACGAUUCAACAAGCAAGUCUUUGAGGUGAGGAGCAUCGAGAAAGCUCCGCUGGCCGAUCUGGACAUGAACAUUGCAGAGGACAAUGUGUUUUCUCCGGAGAAGCUGCGCGCGCAACUGGAGCGCCUGUACAUGACGAUCGCUGUGUCUAUGAUAUGUCUCUGGAAGCACAUUGCACGCCUGCGGUCGUGGAGAGAAGCAGAGAGAACGGCAGUGUUUCUGGCAGUCUACAGCGUUGCGUGGCUGCUUGAUCUGCUGGUGCCCGUUGAAAUCGCGUUCCUCAUGUGCUUGGUCGCCUAUCCGCCGGCCCGAGCCAUCUGCUUCCCUCCUGUACCGCCGGCAAUUGUCGACUCCAAGACAGGGGGCGUUCAGAAACCGCCGUCGGGAGUCCUCGCGUCUGAUAGCUCCCUCACGGGCGCUCCUGAAAAGCACGAAGGCGAAGGCGUCGAACAGGAGGCACACAGCUUCGUCAACAGUGUUGCAUCAGUAAUCAUCGGCACGAGUGCGGGAAAGCAUCCUCAAGGCGAUCCCCACGACGAUAACACCGCUCCAGAUCCUACAAACAUCACUUCGGACGUAUCCGCCGCCAAGGACUCUGCUGAUGGACAAGAUGUCAGUGCAAAGCAUGACAGGACAAAGAAGCCUGUUUCCAACAUUGUCUGGACCAACGUGGGGCCCAUCAUGCACAUGCUUUCGGAAGUCGUUGAUACCUGGGAGCGGUUUGGCAACGCCCUCAGCCCUACGCCUCCGUUCCCCGUCGAGCGACCUAGAUUGACAUUGGCUGCGUGUCUCUUGCCUCCGUUGCUACUGUCCUUCUUCGUGUCCUCAUACAUGCUGCUAAAAGGCAUCGCAUUUGGCGUCGGGUUUCUCUUUUUUGGCGACCCCAUCAUUCAGCCAGCGCUGCAGUUCGCCAAUCGCACAUAUCCACGAUGGCAAAAAUUCAUCGAGCUGCGGAACACAAUUCUACGAGGCAUACCGACUAAUGCCCAGCUUGCCGUCACCUUACUGCGCAUUGGCGAGAGGAACAAGGCGCCAAUCCCGCCACCACCGACUUCCGAUUUGCCGCCCCCGAUCAGGAUUGAUUCAGAAGCUGCGGACCAGGUCGGUAACUUGGGUGUCACAGACGCCGAAGCGAGACAAGCGCUGCAUCCCGACUUGGAUCACGCAAACGAAGUCAAAGACGACAGCCAACAACGAAAGCCCAAACGGUCUCAUCGGAUUAUCAACCUGCUCAAAGGCACUGCAAAGGGAGGCGUUGAAACGGCUCUUACCGCCGACAAAGCCAAAGCCGCCGUUGGCGCUGCCCAGGCACGGAAUCGCCUGGGCGUCGUGAAUAAACGAACAGUUGACGACCCUCCAUCUGGCCCAGUCUGCUUCCCCGCUCGAUGCGGCGGCAAAAAGGGCCAUGCCUACAUCACCGCAACGGCUACAAGCCCUGCGCUGAGUUGGACCCCCAAGCAUGAAGACGUCAGCCCGGCGUGGACAGUUGCCAUUGAGGACAUUCGCCAGCUGAAGAAGGUUGGAGGCUUGGGGUGGAAGAGCAAGAUUGUGGUCGGAUGGGCGACACAGAGAGAAGUCGUGGACGGACUAGUUGUGAGAACAAAGGACGGAAAAGAGUAUCAUUUGACGGCCGUCAUGGUUCGCGACGAGCUGUUUAACCGUCUGAUUGCUAUGGGUCAUCAGAUGUGGGAGGCAUGUUGA